UAUCGCAUGUCAUUCGGAAAUCAACUAUGACGCUCUUUAAUGAUGGAUGUUAAAAAUGGAUUCAAAAUAUCUUGGAAAACUUUGUACGAAGAUAGGUUUAGAAUGGCAGCUGCUUGGGGUACAUCUAGGUUUCAAUACCGUCCAGAUGGAACAGUUGCGUGCUGCGUACCCCUCGAGUAUUUCACAAUGUGUGUCUGUCAUGUUAAGUCAUUGGAAAAUUGUCACAGAACAGCAUAAAGUGAAUUAUACAUUGGUAUUGGCUAAUUCAUUAAGAGAAGUUGGAAGGGCAGAUCUUGCAGAUGAUAUUAAUGGCUCUGUUCAACGGCUCUCUUGUGAUUUGUCUGUAAAACAGAAAACCUGUUCUAUAUCAAGCACAGAAGGAGAGGACGAACUUGAUGGAUGUUCAGAUAAUAGUCGUCAACAUAUAAUCCUAAAUGAUGACAGUAGAAGAUAUAUAGAUGAAUUAAAAACUAUAGUCUUUGAGAACAGGACUAGUGAUCCAUUGUACAGAUACAUAGAACAGACAAAGGUAUAUAUGGAGCAUAAAACUCAAAACAUUGAUUUAUUUGUAAAAACAAAAGCAUUUGAGAAAACAAUGGAACGUUUGUUGAUGAAUGGCCUUGUUAUUAUUAUUGGUAAUGCCGGAGAUGGAAAAACCACGCUCGCCGUCAAUGUUCUAAAUGAUUUACGGAAAAAAGGAUACACACCUCUAGUAUUUUCUGACCCAAAUUUACUUGAACAAGCAAUAGAUCCAAGUAGACAAAUAGUAUACUUCGUCGACGAUGCAUUUGGAACCCCAACAUUAAACAAAAGGUUCAUUGAAAGUUGGUCAAGGCUUUAUGAUAAAAUUGACAGCAUCGUGUCAAAACAAAAAAUGUCAUUAAUUCUUACCUCAAGAAAAAUGGUGGCUCAAAAAGCGAAAAAUAUGCUGCGUUCUUAUGAACGUUACUUUCAUUCACUUCUCGAUAUUACGGACGAGAGUUUAUGUAUGAAUAAAGUCGAAAAGCGAAUGUUAGUUGCCCGCCACUGCCAAGGUCAUGGCCUUUUCCCAAUGCAACUUGUAAAAGAUCAGUCAGGAUACACUCCCGGGUUUCCUUUGAUUUGCAAAUUAUAUACAAAAAACCAUCGUUUGAGAAAUAAUCCAAAUUUCUUUGAAAACCCGUUGUCGGUAUUACAAAAAGACAUUUCAGAACUUCUCGAUUAUGAUAUUCAUGCAUUUUGUAUCUUGAUUCUAAUUGUUCUCCAUGACGGCCGCCUUCCAGUUGAAUAUCUGGACGUUUUUGAAGACGAUGGUAUGGACGAAGAAAAAUUGGACACUGUCGUUAAAGCAUUUGGUAUGAACAAAAUGACAGCUUUGUCUCAAAUGGAGAAAUCGGUAGAGGCAAUAUUAGGGGUAUAUGUGGAAGAAAUAGAUGACUUGUAUGUAUUUUUACACGAUUCAUUUUUUGAUGCCGUUUGUUUAGUUUUCGGACAAAAGCACCCGAAAGAAAUACUAAGAUUAGCGUCAGCUCACUUUAUUGAGCAGCGUGUUAGGACGAAAAAUUCAGUUUUAUCAGAAAAUAGUGAUGAAUUAGAUGUUAUCGUUUUGAAAAAAUCGCAUUUAAAGUUUCUGUCAAAACGGUGGAUUACUGAUAUACAGACAGGACAUAUUAGAAAUGUAAUGAACAACCCGUCUAUUCAAGACGAUGCCAUGUUAUCGAACUUUAUUGAAAGCAUAGAGCGUUUGUCAUCAGUUGAAUUUGAAGGCUUUAUCGAGAGCAUGGACGGUCAACGAUCCCUAGUCGAAUUUAUAUUAGACGAUGGUCAUACAAAAUUAGCUAUGUAUUUGCUUAAAAAAAUGAAGGAUACGAAAAACCUAUUUUUUGAAAUACCAACCAAAAGUCUACAUUCAGCUAUAAAUAGGAGAGACGCUACACUAGUCAAGUUUUUGCUAGAUUUUGGAAUGGAUACGAGUAGUAUCACACGUCCAUACAAACUAAACGGUGUGCAUUGUGCAGCUCGAUCAGGAGAUGUUGAAAUCUUACGUCUGAUAUUGGAAAAAACAAAAAAUGGUGUCGUUAAUAGAAUAGACAAUUUAGGCAUGCAGCCAAUACAUUACGCAUGUCAAAGUUCGAGUAAUUCAUGUGUAGAACUUCUUCUAAAAAAUGGAAGUAGCGCUGAUAAUGCAGAUUCUGCCGGAAAACAACCCAUUCACUAUGCAUCCUACGCUGGUAGUAUCACAUGUGUAGAUCGUCUCAACAAAGCCGGUGCGUGUUUAAAUAAAAAAGACUGGAUGGGACGGACGUCUCUUCAUUUUGCUGCUAUGAGUGAUAAUGUCGAUCUUGUAUGCUUUCUUCUAGAACAUAGCUGCGAUCCCAAUACAAUAGAUAGUGAUUUGUGUGCACCGUUAUUUUAUGCUUGUAAAAAUGGACGCUGGAGAACAGUUAAAGCUUUAAUUCAGAGUGGCGCUGACAUUAAUAUUCGCGACAAGUAUGAUAAAUUGCCUAUACAUGCAACUACAGAAGGGUGUCAUUCUGAUCAUGAGGGUGCUAAUUCCUGUUUGAAACUGCUGUUAGAUUUGAAUACCGACAUCAAUGCUGUAGAUGACCAAGGCAAAUCUGCUUUACAUUACGCAUGCGCUUGGUCAUAUGAUCACAGAUAUGACAGUGUGCAAAUGCUUGUCUCAUCAGACGCUGAUAUUAAUAUAACAGAUGGUUUUAAGAUGACUCCGUUGUUGUAUGCAUGCAAUAGUGGCAGUUUUAAGUGCGCGUCUCUUUUACUUCAUUAUGGCGCCAAUCCAAACUGUGAGGGUACACGGCAAACUAAACCGAUACACCUUGCAUGUGCGGAUGGUAACAUUGAAAUAGUCAAACUUCUGAUUAGCAAGUCAGCCGAUGUUAAAUCAACAAACACCGAUGGUCGCCAACCAAUUCAUUUUGCUAGUCAAUAUGGAAAUAAUGAUGUAAUUUGCUUUCUUGUUUGGAAUGGAGCUAGCGUAAAUGUUCAAGACAGUACGGGAAAGACUCCUCUACAUUAUGCAUGCAAAUGGGGACGAGAAAAAUCGGUUAAACGUUUGAUGAAACUCGAUAGUAAUCCACACGUCAAAGAUUACGACGGAUUUUAUCCACAGGACUUAAUUCCGCAGUGGAUAAAAAGCUGUAAAUUUAUCAGACAAUGCUUAAGUAGUACUUCCAAUUCUUUGUAGCAUCCGUUCGAAAUACAGUAGGACGAUCAUAUACAGGCAAACCUUGACUAUAUUAUAUGAUUAACAGUUUGAGUUCCUGCUGUGAAGUGAGAAAAUAAUGCAAGAUAAAUAAUUUUGCAUGGUUGUGUCAAAUAUCUAAGCUUUUUUUUUAUAUAACUCCUUCUUUCCGACAACACCUUAACAAUGAUAACCCAAUUCAAAAGACAAGGGGCGAUAAGGGCCGUUUUUAGGCCCCACCACCAAAUUUCAGUUAAUUUGUCAUGUUGUAACUGUGUACAACAACCCAUCUGAAAAUGGUUGCAUUUUAGGUCUAUCUCGUAUAUAUAACUGUUCACUUGUUUCGGUUCUAAUACAUCAUUGGCUUUCAAAUAUUUGGGUUUUGACGUUUCUGAUGAAGGGUAAAUCCAGAAAACGGCUUCGGGCUUGCCGUAUGUGUAUAGACAAAUAUUCACUUUUGAAUAAACUUAAAGUAUAUGCCACAUAUAUAUUUGUUUCUCUAAUUCAUAGCCAAUUUAUCCUUUUUUCCGACCUGUUGAUUAUCUUUUAUUUAAUCAAAGUGUAGUUUGUUUGAUCUCAGUUCUUCGUUGGCCGGCCAAAAAUUCAAUUAUGACGUCAAAUUUUCUUGCUUACCUCUAAAUUUUCUAUUGUGACGUCAGGAAAAGAGGCGACCAUGUCUGAGGACGUUACAAAGAUAAAAUAGUCUGUUUGUAGAUCAUUGGAAUAGAAGGGUUACGUUUGUCUGCAUAUCGUCUUAAAAUCAUAAGAGAAAGAGAUUCUACCACCAAAUUUCGUGCAAUACUUCCACUGUGUAGUGCAAUACGAUAUUUCUCCACUUUCGACAUGUUUUUUUUAUUUGAACCGCUCGGCGAGCCUCGCAUUCUAAACUGUUUCGAGUGGAGAAAUAUCGUAUCACACUCGAUGCAGUGGUAUAAUCUAUAUAGAAACUUUAAGUACAUUGCCAUAUAUAUACUAUGCACAAACUAUGGUGUAAAAUUGAGAAUGGAAAUGGGGAAUGUGUCAAAGAGACAACAACCCAACCAUAGAGCAGACAACAGACGAAGGCCACCAAUGGGUCUUCAAUACAGCGAGAAACUCCCGCACCCGGAGGCGUCCUUCAGCUGGCCCCUAAACAAAUAUGUAUACUAGUUCAGUGAUAAUGGACGUCAUACUAAACUCCAAAUUAUAAACAAGAAACUAAGAUUAAAAUGAUACAAGACUAACAAAGGCCAGAGGCUCCUGACUUAGGACAGGCGCAAAAAUGCGGCGGGGUUAAACAUGUAGUUCAGUUAGAGGAAAUGUUUUACAAUAAGAUUCCGAUAAAAUUACAAAACUCCAGAAAUCAGUUACCAACAAGAAUCAUACUUGGAUGUAAAUGAUCAGUUCCAUCAAAUUUUAUUUUUUCUUCUUCUUUAAAAUGCUUAUCAUUUUCAGAAAGAAAUUUAAAACUCUAAAAAAUCUUUUCAAAUUGUAAAAAAAAGACUUACGCCUAAUUGUUUGUCAAUACUUAUAAAAAAUAAUAUUCAAUAUACUUCAGUCUACGAUCAGUCUCUAUAACAAUAUACUUUUACCAAGACCAAAUACUAAUUCUAGUAAGAAACCUCUUCAUUAAUUAUAUAAUCAAAGUCUGGAAUGAUUUACCAUUCAUCAUUAAAAAAUGGUUCUGAAAUGUAAAUUAAUCAAGGAACAUUGAUAAAAUAUUUUCUUGGAAAUAUUAUGUGAAAAUGAACAAAUCUAAUCAUCAUAUUACAUUUUUUUUUGUUAGAUUAUGAAAUGUGUCAUUAUUGUAGUUAUUUGAAUAUAUGAAUGAUGUAUUUUGCAAUAAAAUGAGUACUGUAUGAG